AUUUUUUCCCUUUUCCAAAAUAGAAAAUGCAAUUACCAUAAUAUUAACACACAUCACAGUUAGCUUUUAUCAGCAAUGGCGCUCUCUUUUCUCAGCCCUAUCUCUCUCUACUGUUAUUAUCUCCGCUUCUUUUUCACCUCCUCCGGCCUUUCCCGGCAAGCCGUCGACAUCGACAACGACACCACCGUCCAUUUCUGGGGUCCGAAGAAUACUCACAAAACCACUGCCUUAAACCCUAAACCUUCUCUUGUACUCAUCCAUGGCUUCGGCCCCGACUCUCUCUGGCAAUGGCGUAAACAGGUUCAGUUUUUUUCUUCCCAGUUCAAUCUCUACGUUCCUGACCUGAUAUUUUUCGGGGAAUCGACGACAAAGUCUCCAGGGAGGUCGGAGGUUUUUCAGGCAGAAUCCAUGGCUAGUUUGCUAGAAAAGUUAGGGGUGGAGAAGUACUCUGUUAUGGGAACUAGCUACGGCGGCGUGGUGGCUUACCACAUGGCUAGGAUGUGGCCGGAGAGGGUAGAGAAGGUGGUGGUAGCGAGCUCCGGUGUGAAUAUGAAGAGAAGUGAUAAUGAAGAGCUGAUUAGGAAAUCUAAGAUGGAUGACAUUGGUGAUCUGAUGUUACCAAAACAAGUUUCUGAUCUGAGAACUUUGAUGGAGUUGGCUGUUUAUGGGCGUUUCAUCCACAUGAUUCCUGACAUUAUCCUCAAGGAUUUCAUUCAUAAAUUGUACACUCCAAACAGAAGUAAGAAGUUGGAACUUUUGAAAGGUACAAUUAUCGGACGGGUUGAAACAGUAAAUAUAUCUCCACUGCACCAGUCGCUCUCCUCUGACCAAUAAACACAUUUGGUUCAUCUUCUCCAUGGAAAAGACGAACAGAUCAUCAUCUUCCUCAUGAAAAAGAUGAACAGAUCAUCUUCUCCAUGAAAAAGACGAACCCACCCAAGACGAAUCUAGAUCAGACUCGUCUUGAGGAAGACAAACAAUGGGUCAGAGGAGAACGAUUGCGUGGUCGGAUCGAGGAGAAUGGUUGCAGCAUUAUCCCGGUUAGAAGCGAUUUUAAUGUCAAGAUGAGUCUGAAGGUUUAUAAUUUUUUAAUAAUAUUUAAAAAAUUAAUUAUUUAUGUAAUAAGUUUAGUUAAAUUAAUUAUAUUUCUAAAUUAGAUUUUAAAGAUGACAGACUCAUUUGAAUUUUUUUGAAUGAAUAAAAAAUUACUCUUAGAUUUA